AUGUCAUUUGUGAAUCGUCCAACAGUAGUGCCACCAUAUGGAUUAAUUUGUGAUGUGCUUUGGUCUGAUCCAGACGAUAAAUAUAACGGUUGGGCGCUGAGUCCGCGUGGUAUAUCGUUUACGUUCAACGAGCGAAUCGUGAAAGAAUUUUGUGAUGCUCAUGGUAUUGACUUGAUUGUGCGAGGGCAUCAACUCACUGUUGAGAUGAUGAAAACGGGAUAUCGUUUCUUCGCAGGCGGACGUCUUGUUAGUAUAUUCUCUGCAGCUGAUUAUACGAAUAUGAAAAAUGAUGCGUGUGUUUUGCACAUUUCUAAAAAAGUAUGUUUGUAG